AUGCCUUCCGAAAAUUUUCGGAAAUCCUCGGUAUCCUUUACGACCUUCGGAGAAAUAGGAGUCAGACAAAAUUUUGAUUUACGUCAAAAUCUACGGGUGCCCUACAGCAGUCGUAGAAAAACACGUAGCAUAAAUAAAAAUGGCGACACUUUUAUAAUUAUGCAGCGUUCUUUAAGACAACAGCGAGUUUUCCGCGAUAGGAGCCAACCACUGGACUCCUUGAAUGAUUCGGAGCUCAUUUCGAGGUAUCGUUUCCCUCGAAGAGUAAUUUUUGACAUGAUUGAUGGGGUGGACGAGCAACUACGACCAUAUACGCAAAGAUCUCAUGCCAUCCCCACUCAGUUGCAGGUGUUAUGUACGUUGCGUUACAUCGCAAAGGCUGAUUUCUUUUCCGAAGUUGGAGACAUUCAUGGGGUUUCAAAAUCGUCCGUCUCUGUAUGUAUACCAAGGGUGUGUCAAGCCCUUUGUGAGCACUUGCAGAACAUUAAAUUUCCAUCAUCAGUGAUCUCUCUAAGGAAAAUGAAAGAACAAUUUUACUGCAUCGCCCGUUUUCCCAACGUGGUAGGAGCCAUAGACGGGACGCUUAUCCCUAUCAAAGGAAUGAGUAGCGAUGAUGAGCACAUCUAUGUGUCAAGAAAGAACUUUCAUGCCCUAAAUAUCCAAGGGGUAGUGGAUGCAGAGAUGAGAUUUCUUAACAUCAAUUGCCGAUUCCCAGGCAGUGCGCAUGAUGCAUACAUCAUGUCAAACUCCAACAUUCCAGGCAUUAUGGCUAACCUGACAGAAGGUGGUUGGCUGCUGGGUGACUCUGGGUACCCUUUGAAAGAUUUCCUCAUGACACCAUUCAGUAACCCUUCUACUCAAAUGGAGGAAAGAUAUAAUCAUGCUCACUGCCAGACAAGAAAUGUUAUAGAGAGGGCAUUUGGCGUGCUUAAAUCCAGGUUUAGAUGUCUUCACAAGAGUGGAGGAUGUCUGCCAUUUACACCUACCAAAUGUGCACUUGUCAUUGAAACGUGUUGCAGACUUCAUAACAAGGCCAUUGAGGAGAGAAUCCCCUUACAACAAGGUGGUCCUGUUGUAUUACAACACAACAACUACGUUUAUGGAGGAGCACCUCUGGGGUCAGCCAGAGACCUGAGACAACACAUUGCAUCAAGAUUUUAAAAAGGAGGACAAACUGAAAUAACGAAGAACUCGCUGUAUUUUGCCU